AUGGUUAGCCAUACUGAUCCUACAGCUGGGUUCGAAAAGGGAUUCAGUAAAAAUAAAAAGAGAGAAAGAGAGCGUAAUUUUAUUCCAAAGAGAAGCACAAAGGGCCGCAGGAUCGAUCAGUUUGCAUGUCAAUGGCUCUUCUCCCUUCUAGACCUGGCGGGCGUGGGCAGAAGCAUCUACAAAUGUCAAGGCGUCAAGCGAGAAAAGGGCGAUGCUGAUGACAGUCUAGAUCGCCAGUGUGAGGUGUACUUGCAGGAGGCCCGCACGCCCAAGGCGCACCUGGAGGACGAGUCGAGCACCUUCGAUGAUGGUGGCAGCGUUCUGUACGACUCUUUGGCUCUGUCGGUGCUUCUCGAGUACCCCAAGUGCUCGAAUUUGG